UGCUGUCACACAUGUCUGCCCUCACCUCCUCUGUACUCCAGCUUCACAUGAGACAGACUGCACUCUCUCACCACAUCUGGACCUGCAGGACGUCUAUGGGACCUGUCCUCUCAAUCUCUACACCUCUUUUCUGGUUAACCUAACCUACAAAGAAUCUGAUUCCAAAUACAAAGCCUUCAGAGGGAAACUCGAUGGCAGAGGUUUCAAGGGAGUAGCGAUGGAAACACUUGGAAAGAACACAAUGAUACAUGCUGUAUGAAGUGGAAGAAGAUCCUUCCUGGGGGAAAAUGCUGUGUUUGAAAGGCACUCUACGGGCCUCAUUUUACUCAAGGUCCGUUCCUGGCUAAGGGAAGAGGAAAUCCUCGUGCUCUGUGGGAUGAGAGUUCAACUGUGGGGCAUUAGCUGAUCCUUCAUCAUCUCCCCCUCGUCCUCCUCCUGCUCCCCCUAUCAUCAACGACACACUAUGUGGAUGUUAUCUUUAGUCAUAUGGAUUCUCAAUGUCACCAAUCUCACUCAUGGAUAUGACUAUGAUGAGUAUUACCCAGGCGAGGAGGAAACAGAGGCCCCACUGGUUGUGGAGGGCCUCAGUGGUUUAGACACAGUGUCCAAUGUGGACGAGCUGGUGGAGCUGCUGUACCCAGAGUACAGUCUGGUGCAGCACUGCCUACGCAGGAAAGCCCACCGCACCUCCCCUCCUCUCCAUGCUGAAGACAAUGUCUGGGCCUGGGGCAAGACAAGGGAGAAGGCACUGUACAAGUCUGAUGGCACCAUUGACGUCAUUCUGGAGGAGAUCCAGCGUACCAUGUGUGCCCCUCGGGAGGUGUGUCUGGAGGUGUCUAAAGAGUACCCAGAGAGCACCAGUCACUUCUACGUGCCUCGCUGUGUGUCUGUGCACCGCUGCGGGGGCUGCUGUACCCACGAGGGUCUUUACUGCACCAACACCAGCUAUACUUACAGCAACAAGACGCUGGUGGAGUUGACUCACCGUGAACGCUCUGUGGUGAUGGUGGCGUUCGUCAACCACACGUCCUGUGGGUGUCUGUCCAAGAGGCCCCUGCACUCUGUCAUCAGGAGGGCCGCCGCAGCCCACCUCACCGUGUGUUCCCCGCCAGAUGUUCCCUGCAGUAGAGGACUGGUCUGGGACCCCAACAGCUGCCUGUGUGUUCCCAUGGACACAAGCUUAUUCUCUGAGAGAGAGCUGGAACCCCUGGAGUCGGCCUUGCUGGCGCUGUGUGGCCCCAACAAAGUCCUGGACGAGGACAGCUGUGAGUGUGUCUGUCAGAACGGUCUGACGGAGGCCAGCUGUGGGCCGGGCUGGCGUCUAGACCAGGCGUCCUGUGAGUGUCUCUGUGAGGACCAGCCCGCCCUGGUGACCUGCCCAGCCAACCAGCGCUGGGACCCAGAGAUGUGUGGCUGUGUGUGCCGGGCAGAGUGCCCCCGUAGCCAGCCUCUCAACCCAGAGACGUGCCUGUGCCAGUGCAGGGAUAGCCCUCAGACCUGCCUGCUAGAGGGCAAGAGGUUCAACGCACACAACUGCAGCUGUUACCGGCUGCCCUGCAGAAAGCCACACAACAACUGUCCAACAGGCUUCUACUACAGCCACUACGUCUGCCAGUGCAUACCCAACCACAUGAGGUCAGGGGAGUGGAACUGACAAAGUUGGUGUUAUCAGCACUGGCGCCAAACUCCAGGGCCAAUGUACUGUAACUGUUUGGUGGAAACGAGGCGGUGUGUUUGCAAUAUACAGCCGGUAGAUGGAGGCUAGACUAGGGGAAUCUUUUUUUAUAAAUUCUCCUUAUAGGCCAUGAUCAAAAGGCUCUCCAUCUUCAGACCAGGGAACAUAAAAGGAAGCACACUCGCCGUUCCACAUUUAUCAAAAUGAUGCAGUCGCCUGGAUACUGCAGGUCAUGGUGUGAAUCAUGGACAUUAUUGACACCGCCUCAGAUGAAUUAUGUGCGGCUGUUAAAAUGAGUUUAAAAAAAAUCGAUUUCUUUCCAAUAAAAGGAAAUCAUUUUCGAUGAUCUGACAUUUAUAUUUAUUGAAAGUUACCCUGCAGCUCUCUGAGAUGACAAUGCCAUGAUGUAACUGGGAAGAAACACCCUGACAUGAGAAGGAAGACAAAAGACUGAAAUGUAAGACCCAUGCAUAUACAGUAUUGUACAAAACGUGUGACUGUCCUAUGAAAAAAUGAAAAAAGUGUUUUUAAAUGUCUUAUCCAAUUUGUAUCGUAUUUAAU